AUGGUAGCCAUCUUGGGGCAAGCGAGGCGACAAGUUGUGCGCAAAAUGGUCUCUGUGCAGUCCAAUGAGCGCUAUGAUGAGGCGAGCCACUGCAGUGGGGACCUGGACAUCGUCGCGGACUACGUGACGUCGCUGCUGUACAAAUUCGUGCAGUUCGAGCGCAGCUUCAACAUCAUGCUGGUGCUGGGGCACAGCUACGACGUCCAACCCUUCCACGACAAGUUCCUGCGAGAGUUCGGCGCGACCGUGCUCACCAGCCAGGACGACCGCGACGCAUGGCAGGACUACCGGAACCGCCACUCCAACGUCCUCGUGACAUACACAAAGGCCAUGCUCGCCCCGUGCGCUUACACGGACAUGAUCAUCUUCAUCGACUACCUGCCCAGUCUCGAUGACUACACGCACGCCAUCACCAACCUCAGGGACGGCUGCGGCUUCUGCUAUCUGGUCUUCGACCCGGAGACGGUGGAGCUGGACGACAUGUCGUCCCGCACACUCGAUCUGCAGGAGUGCCUCGAAUGCUACCGCGCCGAUGACACAGGUCCGGUGGACCCGCUGUCUCUCGAUCCCAAUAUGCAGCUACUUCUUUCCAUGCUGGAAAUGGAAGAGAACACCAUCCAGGCCUGUAACUACUACGACACGGUCAUCUACUGA